UUCAGACGUGAUGUCACCGGAAGUUAAAAACGUAUACAACAAAGAUGGCGUCUCCCGGCGACGCAGCGGUGAAUGUUACACACGUGGAGAAAAAUAAGAAGCAGCCUCCAGCUCGGUACUGGGAGGAGGUGAAGGAUGAAAACAAAGAUGGAGAACAGGCUCCUCAACAGAACGCAAAGAAAAGAAAACAAAGUGAAGAUCAUGGAGAUCGAAACAGAGUCAUCUCAGGGAAAUCAGACCCUUUCCCUGGGGAUGCUCCUAUUCCAGAAGACAGGUUGCAGAAGUUCAAGAGGAAAGAAAAAACUAAGAAGCCUCGCCGCCAGCAUUACAAGCUGAAGGACAUGAUCACUCGCUCAGAAGAAACUUCAGAAAUGGCCCAGAAACAAGCGGCUCGGCUUGACCUCCUUCUCCCAGAGGAUGCUGGGUUUCUAGAAGGAGAUGAAGAUGAGGACACUUGUACGAUCUCUCAGGAGGACAUUGCAGAUUCUGUGGAUAUAACAUCUGGGACAAAGUAUUUUAAUCUGAAACUGUCUCAGUUUGGACCAUAUCGAGUGGAUUACAGCAAGACUGGACGUCAACUGCUGCUUGGUGGGAGGAGAGGCCACGUUGCUUGUAUCGACUGGCAGUCCAAGCAGCUGAUGUGUGAGAUAAACGUGAUGGAGUCUGUCAAUGAUGUAAAGUGGCUCCACAGUGAGGCCAUGUAUGCGGUGGCUCAGAAGAAGUGGCUGUACAUCUAUGACUCCAAUGGAAUUGAGCUUCACUGCAUCCGCAAAUUCAAUGACGUCCUCCGUAUGCAGUUCCUCCCCUACCACUUUCUGCUCGCAACAGCGAGUGCCACCAGUUUCCUGCAGUACCUGGACGUAUCCGUGGGAAAGGAGGUGUCAGCCAUCUGCACCAAGACGGGCCGGCUUGACGUGAUGUGCCAGAACCCUCACAACGCCGUCAUCCACCUCGGCCACUCCAACGGCACGGUGACCCUCUGGUCGCCCAAUCAGAAAGAAGCCCUCGUCAAGAUGCUCUGUCACCAGGGCGCCGUGCGCUCUGUCGCCGUGGACAAGACGGGCACAUACAUGGUGACAUCUGGCAUGGAUAAAAAGCUGAAGGUAUACGACAUUAGAACCUUCAAGCCGCUCAAGUCCUACUUCCUCCCCGCCGGAGCGUCCUGCCUGUCCCUGAGCCAGAGGGGACUGCUGUCUGCAGCCACGGGGGACAUCGUUCAGGUGUACAGAGACGUGUGGAGCACCCCGGUGACUAAACCCUACAUGGCUCACAGAGUUCAGAAAACUGUGUGGGGGACGCACUUCUGUCCCUUUGAGGAUGUCCUCGGGGUGGGACACGGAGACGGUUUCACCAGCAUGCUCAUACCAGGUUCAGGGGAGCCGAACUUCGACGGUCUGGAUGCAAAUCCGUACCGCAGUGCAAAGCAGAGGCAGGAGUGGGAGGUCAAAGCGCUGCUGGAGAAGAUCCAGCCAGAGCUCAUCAGCCUCGACCCCACCGAGCUGGGGAGGGUCGACCGUGCCACCUUUGAGAUGAGGCACCAAGACCGGGUCCAAGCUCUGGGCUUUGACCCACUUGCCAAAGAAAAGUUUAUUCCCAGGCAUAAGAAAAAAGGUCGCAGUUCGGCCGGCAGUGUUCAAAAGCGCAAGAGAAAAGUGGCUCAUGAGGAUCUGAGGGAUGACAUCCGGAAAUCUGCGGAGGACAAACUGAAGAUUGAAAAAGAGAGAAAGGGGAAGGAGAGGAAAGAGGCGGUGUUAUCGAGCCAGAAAUCUGCUCUGGACAGAUUCAAAAAGUAGACAAGGAGGACCCUUUGUGCAGCUCUAAACCCAUGACAUUCUUUGGGCAUGACCUUUUGAACAUCAUGUAAAGGACAAAUAAAAUGUCACACAUUUCUCCACUGAGGGAACAAAACGAGAAGCGCAGAUAUUCUGAAUGUUGUCUGCUAAUGAAGACUCAUUCUGUUGGUUGGCAGAUGAUGUUGAGUGCAUUGAAAGACAGGUUCUGUUAAAUGCCUGUGGGCUGAAGCACUUCCUGUCUACAUGGGUGGAUAAUGUGAGGGUCACACGCGAGCAAGGGAUUUUGGUUUUUAGCUUGUCGAACGGAGCAAUUGAGCAUUUAUGUGACCAACUGGAGCGUAUGUCAAAUGUUUUAUAUAAAUAUGUUCUAAAAAUAAACAAAGCCCAUGAA